UUAUUUCGUUGGAUAUACAGAAACAUGGAAAUAGUCUCAAUUACAAAAAGAAUGUUCCUAAUUCUCCAGAUUUGGAUACUGCUAAAUGUCUCACCUUAUCUUGUUCAUUGCCAACCUUCACAUCUCCGACUUCCACCACGAGUUUUAGGCCCUGAAGCUUCUGCUUUCGACACAAAAGGUGGCGGACCUUAUACAGGUGUUGGAGAUGGCAGAGUACUCAAAUAUGAAGGUCCUAAUAUAGGCUUCACUGAAUUUGCUACUACAUCACCAAAUAGGACCAAAAUAAGAUGUGAUGGCACAAACGACCCAAUAUCACAACAAAUAUGUGGAAGACCGCUUGGCCUUGAAUUUUACACCAGAACAGGUGACCUAUAUAUAACUGAUGCAUUUUAUGGACUCUUGGUAGUUGGAUCAAGCGGAGGGCUCGCUAGACCAGUUGUUACUAGCUUUGAGGGAAAACCUUUUGCCUUUCUCAACUCACUAGCCAUCGACCAGGAAAGGAGAAUGAUUUAUUUUAUAGAUUCAGGAGCUGUAUUCCGAAUUAGCAACAGGGUCAUAAUUCUUCUAAGCAGACGAGAUACAACAGGGAGAUUGUUCCAGUAUGAUAUACGAAGAAACCAGACCACGUUAUUACUAAGUGGACUUUCAGGGCCAGCAGGGAUAGCACUCAGCAGAGAUAAAUCCUAUUUACUAGUCACGGAACUUAUUGCUAGAAGAAUUCGGAGAUUUUGGCUGACAGGAUCAAAAACAAAUACAUCAGAUGUUUUCACAGAGGUUGAUGGAAAUCCAGAUAACAUAAAGAGGACUGUAUCGGGAGAUUUUUGGGUGGCUGUUGUCAAUGUGAAUAUUCCCACCUUUAUUUCGAGAGGACAAAGGCUGAAUCAGUUCGGACAAGUCAUGGAAACACGCGAUUUCACAGCUCAAUAUAUGCUAAGUCCAGCUGGGAUAAGUGAAGUUCAAGAGUAUAAAGGCAAACUUUAUGUUGGUUCAUUAGACCAGAACUUCGUUGGUGUUUAUAACGUUUGAUGUAUGUCUUCUGUUGUCUCUCACAAGAACAUAUAAUUAGCUGUCGUGAUUCAGGCAGCUAUAUGUAUGUACAAGAAUAAAACAUUUUCUACACUAAAUAAAAUGCUGCAGAUGAUCUUCUUAUA